CCAUUCCUCCAACAACAAAAAAAAAGAACAAAGAGAAAAAAACACACACACACACACACAGGACUAAUAUAUCCAAGAAAGUUGAUUGAUUGAUUAGUACAAGCAGCUAGCUAUAUAUCACUCUGCCCAUCUCUAGUUAUCAACAAAGCACCAUCUAAUUCCUCAUUUCCUUCUUCAUUGCUUGCCUGAUCGAGAAAUGGUGAAGCUGGAAACCAAGAUCCAAUCCUCCUCCACCUCAUUGUGCUCCUCUUCUUCCGCAUUGGCAACCAAAUCAUCGUCCAAAACUUCUUCUUCUUCUUCGUCUUCGUCUUCAGCUAUCAAGAAGAAGAAGUACAAGGGGGUGAGGAUGAGAAGCUGGGGAUCAUGGGUUUCGGAGAUCAGAGCCCCGAAUCAAAAGACCCGAAUCUGGUUAGGUUCAUACUCCACCGCGGAAGCUGCUGCAAGAGCUUACGAUGCCGCACUCUUAUGCCUCAAAGGCUCUUCCGCCAAUCUCAACUUCCCCAUCUCUUCUUACGACUCCCACCAUUUCACCAAUAUUGAUAAUAACGUUGCAAUGUCCCCAAAAUCCAUCCAAAGGGUUGCCGCAGCCGCCGCGGCUGCCGGUGCCGGUGGUCUCCCGUUGGGGACCCCAGAUUCGCCGUCUGAUCAUCAGCCGUCCACGUCGUCUGACUACUCGGCAUCAUCGGCCUCCACGUCGCCGAUGUCUCCCUUGUCGCCGGCUGAUGUUAGCCAGCUGGAGGAUGACGUGUCACCGCCCGACAUGAAUGAUACGAAUCUUCCUCCCGCCGUGUGGUAUAACUUCGAUUCCCCUAAAUGCAACGACAUAAUGAUGAUGAUGAAUGGAGCGUUUUUUGAUCCCACGAUGAUGCUGUCCGAAGAUGCCUACGAAGAAGGUGAUAUUCGGUUGUGGAGCUUCUGCUGAUACGAAAAUGGGGAAAAGAAAAAGGAGCACAAAUUAAUUUAGUACUACUAUAUAUUAUUAUUAUUAUUCAUUUAUUUUUUUUUUGUUUAUUCUUUUGGGGAUUUAUUCGUUGGAUGAUCUUCAGUCUAUUUGAUGAAGACAUUACUGACCAAAAAUUCAUUCAUAAUUAGUGGCACAAGUACUGUAUUAUUACUUUCUAGGAGGUUGAAAAAGAAAAAUAAAAAUGUAUACUGUAUCAUUAUUUAUAUAUACUGCAGGGAGAAGGAAAAAAAUUUGUUAGAUGACUUUAUCCCUUGUGUUUGCGAGUGUUUAAGUAUCCCUAUUCUUAUCAAAAGACCAUGUAAUUAAAAUUGCAUUUUCUUCUUCUCAAAAUAUUUUCUUUGGGC